AUGAACCUCCCCGCCGCGACCUCUAGCAUCGACCUCGUCCUCGACCCUACCGAAUCCGCCGCAGCUGGGACCACCCACUCCGCUCGAGAAGGCGAGAUUGAAGAAUUGCCGCGAGCUAUUCUUAUCAAUCAGUUCGUUGGAGGCGAGUCUUCAAGGGCUCUGGGAGAUAGUAUUCCAGGCCCGGACGAGUGCCUCGAAGACUUGGCGAAGACUGUCUGGAUCGACUGCACAGUUGCUGACGAGACUGAAAAUCCAGAAGGCAAAGCAGGAGUCGCCGGCAUACCUCGAACGCAUUCUGGAUGUUUGUGCUUCAUCUCCCAGCCACCCACAGGCGCGACGAAUGAGGAUUUGUAUGAUUUGGAUGAUCUUGUCGAAGAAAGUUACGGCGACUUAGACAUCGGUGGACUGGAUGUCAAGCGCACGAGGUGGACCAGACUCUGCAUGCGAGUUGAGGCGUGGAGACUGUCGAGCGAGAGAUGGGUGCGCUCGCCUAGUCUGAGGCAGUGGAGCGUGUUGCAAGCCAUUCGCGAGGCAAAGGCGCUCGUUACACCCAUCAACUGA